AAUGAAAUUAAAGAGAUUAAGCUCUAUGAUUAUUAAUUAAUUACAUAAAAUGUACAAAGUUGAAUUACAAUAAGAAAACAAAAGGAUAGCUUAACUCUAUGAAGCUGGAGACUUAGAAAUUGAGGUUUAUGGAGAAGGAUUGCGAAAGUGGUUAAGGUAUAGAUGA